AUUUUAUUAGGUAGCAGACGACAAGAAUUGUCAGCUGAUUUGAAAAUUAUCCAAUUUAAUUUUAUAGUACUACGUUGUUGUAAGAAUUAGUGUCGUAUGAGUGUUAUUAAAAUACUUUAAAUAUUAGCGAGAGCUUGUAUUUUGCUGUGAAUAAUUUCUAAUACAUUUAUUAUCACCCUUUUUUCGAAAAUAUACCAUGAGAAAACUUACCCACAAUGCAACUCGUUUUCACCCUUGGCAGUGUCGUGCAAGCCCUAUCGAGAGUGAGGUGUAAUGUUCUUCCUAUGAUUAGUGUUUAAGAAAAUAGUGUGUUUUAUAUUGUUUAAUGGAUGACAAGUGGUUUACGGUGCUAGAAGAUAUGUGUCGCUAAGUGUGUUGUGUUGUGCGCGGUGUAUUAACGUUUACAAAAUAGGGAACAACGUUGCAAACGAGGGGCAGCCUGAGUCCAAUCGGUGCUGCCUGCCCACCAUAUUUCUUAAUACCUGGCCUGAUGCCAUGGGUUGUUUUGGAAAUAGUGACUCAAAAGCGGGCCAAGAAGAAAGCAAACGGAUAAAAGAGACGAAUAAAAGAAUAAACUUACAAAUUCAGAAGGACAAGCAGGUGUACAGAGCAACGCACAGAUUAUUGUUACUAGGUGCCGGAGAGUCCGGGAAAAGCACAAUAGUAAAGCAGAUGAGGAUAUUACACGUAAAUGGAUUUAGUGAAGAGGCCAUUUCAAUUGGGGAGAAGAGGCAAAAGAUAGAAGAUAUUAAAAAGAAUAUACGUGAUGCAAUACUAACCAUAACGGGCGCGAUGAGCACCCUCACGCCGCCCAUCCCCCUGGAGAAGCCGGCCAACCAAGCCCGGGUCGACUACAUCCAGGACGUGGCGUCGCAGCACGACUUCGACUACCCCCCGGAGUUCUACGAACACACGGAGAUCCUGUGGCAGGAUAGAGGUGUACAGGCGUGCUUCGAGAGGUCGAACGAGUACCAGCUCAUUGACUGUGCAAAGUAUUUCCUAGACAAAGUGCACAUAAUCAAACAGCCAGACUACACACCCACUGAACAGGACAUUCUCAGGUGUCGUGUGUUAACUUCUGGCAUCUUUGAGACAAGGUUUCAAGUGGAGAAAGUCAAUUUUCACAUGUUUGAUGUCGGUGGGCAGCGCGACGAACGGCGGAAGUGGAUCCAGUGUUUCAACGAUGUUACUGCCAUCAUCUUCGUGACGGCUUGCAGCAGCUACAACAUGGUCCUCAGGGAAGACCCGACACAGAACAGGCUACGUGAGAGUCUGGACCUUUUCCGCAGCAUCUGGAACAACAGGUGGCUGAGGACAAUCUCUGUGAUCCUGUUCCUGAACAAGCAGGACCUCCUGGCAGAGAAAAUCAAGGCGGGCAAGUCCAGGCUGGAGGACUACUUUGCAGACUUUGUGCGGUAUACAACGCCGGUGGAUGCCCAGGCAGAUAGCGGGGAGGACCCCGAGGUGAUACGUGCCAAGUACUUCAUACGGGAUGAGUUCUUGCGCAUCAGCACUGCGAGCGGGGACGGCAAGCACUACUGCUACCCUCACUUCACGUGCGCCGUGGACACGGAGAACAUCCGGCGCGUGUUCAACGACUGUCGAGACAUCAUCCAGCGCAUGCACCUGCGGCAGUACGAGCUCUUGUGAUGCCUCACCGCACUGCUCCUGUUUGCCGCGCUUCUCGCACCGAACCACUAACAAGACCAGAGCAUUAUUCCGGUAUCGAUCGAGGGAGGGUUAUGACAAUGGCGUGCCACAGCCUCGGAAGCGUCGUUUUAUCGCCUAUGCUAAUCCUCGGUUGAAUUUGUGCUUGGAUUUUUUCAGUAUUAAUUUUGUAGUAUGCUAGAAUUUUUAUAAGUGUGUGUGCUGAGUGUUUGGAUUUCUUCGGAAACUAAUCCACAGAAUGCUACCCAAAGUUUUGGAGAGUACAAAUUUAAAUGAUUGAUAUGUAUAGUAAUGCCUUUUCUUCGAUGUGAAAUUUUUUGAGGUAUGACAUGUAAAUCUGGGUUCUCUGUAACUUUUUUUUUUAGUGUAAAGAAAAAUAUUCCUUCAGUCGAUGCUCUUCACAAUGUUGGGUAUUUUCUUGUAUUCUAUAAAAUCUUAAACAAUAAGUGGUCUUUUCAUUUUCGUAUGUAUUUUUUACAGCUUACGUAUUUUUAAUUCCCUUUGAUUGCACCCUUUUUUCUUCUACCAAAUUAUGAUUUUUACAUGUUGUAUUGUAAAUAGUGUUAUUUUUAAUCCAAGCUAUCAAGCAAUACUGGUAUCACUGAAAAAACCACAAAAAAUACAAGUAAUCAUAUCUUUGAAGUUGUAAUAAAUUUUGUAGUGUAUUUUACAAGUUAAGAGCAACUUAAAAAUGUGCUUGGACAAGUUGCAGUAGUGUGUGCUGUGCCAUGCCAUUGUCAUAACAGUAGCAUUAGUUCUCUGGUUGUGUUAGUAUGUCGCUGUCGAAGAAAGAGUAAAAUAAUUAUUGUAUUAUUGGUAUCCUUGCAGCAAGGAAACUGUUGCAAAUUCACACUGCAUCAUUGCAUCACUACCUUGCCUGUUGCAUGAUAACAUUGGUCAGCUGAAAACUGUAAAAAAAAAAAAUAGGUAAUACGAAGGAAACCACAUGAAAAUAUGCAUGUGCAAAAUCUAAAAGAGGAGCAUAUUAAAAAUCUUUAGAAAAUGUAGAAUGAAUCACAAUCUUAAUGCUGUUUCUUUUAUUCUGGUUGUUAAGUAGUUACUUUUGUGUGUUAAGUAGUUUAAUUUUUUUUUUCCUCAUCAAGAAAAUAUAAUGUUGUCAGGUGUUGAUGGAAUUGGAGGAAUAUUUAGAUGGUGCAUGGCAGAGAUUGGUGUGUUUGUAUAAAGAAACUGAUUAAUAGGCAAAAUUUAAUGUGUGCUAAGAUUCUAAACAAACCAAGGAAAUAUUGAACCUUUAAUUUGAGGUAUUGGUUUUUCGUAGGCUAUAAUAACCAUAAUGCAAAGCGACUAAGUAUGAUUUAUUUCCAUUAAACAUUUAAAAUUUACUGUAUUAUGAACUACGGUAGAACCUCAAUUUUGCAUUUCUCUUAUUUACCUUUUUUUUUUAACUCAACUGCGCUAUUAUUUUUAUUCUCAUACUCGCAUACUAUUUUAGAAUGCAUUUUAUUCCUUCAUUUGUGUUACAUGUUUGCACCACAACAAAAUAUGGCUUCUCCUUAGUAACUUUUCUUUUGCCUGCAUUUCUUAUAUGUUUUUUUGGUUCUAAGAAAAUCCCCAUUUGUCAGAGCUGACAGGCAAAUGAUGCAUGGCAAUAUUAUUAGCGUACAAUAUGUCAUAACUUGAACAGCAUCUUUCAGUUUUACAUUACACCAACCUUUCAUGUAUUGUAGGUACAGUUAUAUUUAUGGCAGCCAUGUAUUCUUAUUGAGUAGAGAUUAGCAGAGAUAAAUUUUAUAUGCAAGUCCUAAGACUUUAUGGCAAUUGGCAAUCAUAGAUGGUCCCUUUAAAAAUAAUGUUUUUUUUUUGCAAGAUAAAAUUAAAAUAAUAAUAAUAAUUACAAAAAAAUAUUCAACAAUUUUAUGUAUAGUGUUAGUGAGAUCAUAGGAAGGCAAAUGUCAUGAGUGUUUUCCUUUCUUUUACUCUGUUCUUUUAUUAACUGUGUUCCUUUUAAAUGUAGAAUAGGGGUUCUACUGUAUUUGAAAAUUAAAUUUUUUAUUAAUAGUUAGGGACUUGCUGUUGUGCUUUUAAUUUUAUUUCACAUAGUGACGUUAUUUACAGCCAGAAUUAAUGGUAUUUAUUUACAUUCUAAAGAAUUUUUCACCAAGCAUUUUAUUUAAAAUACCGAAAAUCAUUUUAAUAUCAUAAGUGAAAGAUUUUAGCAACAAAAUAACUUUGAGAAUUUGUUACACUAUGCUAUAUUUUUAGUGUUUAGCUGAUACAGAUUUUUACAAAUGGAAAUAGGCAUUCCCUAGCUAAUUCAGCAUUGUGUCGGAUAAAGUAGCAAGUGUAAAAUGCACAAUAAUUUAAUUAUUGUUUUUAAUUUUUAACCAAGAAAGUAUACAGUACCUAAACAGAAAUAAAAGUAAAUUUACCUCCCCAAAAAUCAUUUAAUAAAAAAUCUUAAAUAAUUAGGUACCUACUUAGGUCAUGUUUGAUCUUGUCUAUUCGUAAUAUUGUAAUUUGUUAUUAACUGAUUAGAUGCAUUCUUCAGUCACUUAUUUUGCACACUCAAAAUUCCAGUGUGGUAAAAAAAUUAUAGUUAAAAAGUUUCAAAGGUAAAAACUUUUGCUAUUUCGUUAAAUACGUCAACACCGUUGAAUGCAUCGUAUAAAUUUCACCACUAAUGUGGUUCAUUCAAAUGAUUUUUUAAACAUGAUUGAAGCCAAAUAUUUUUACUAACAAAAUAUUUUUUAACAUUUAAUUUUAAUCAUUGAUAUAAUUUAUAAGUUAAAUAAUUUGGCAUUACCUCACACAAAUUUUAAUUAUAUGGUUAAAACUAGAAUCAGCAUUGCAAGUCGUAAUUUUAUAGUUUACAAAUUUUGUGUUUUAUAUUGGAUAUACAUAGAUGCAUAAUAUAAAAAAACUAAUUUAUGAAAUAUGUCACCAUUUUGGUGUACAAAACCAGUCGUGUGACCUGAAAAGUCUACAAAUUUGAACAUGGCCUUGAAAAAAAUAUGAUCUUUUAACUUUAAAAUGUAACAAACUUCUACUUCAUCAAAGAAACAGUGUAAUUUGGCCUGCAUACGAAAUUUUCCAUGUUUAAAGCACACUUAUUUUAAGUCAAUUUUGGAAUAUUAUUAGAAAUUUUUAUUGGAUGUAAAAAAAAUUAAUGUCUUAUGUAUUCUUUGCUUGGAAUAAAAUUCAUGCGGUAUUCUGAGCAUUAAAAUAUUUUUAGCUAGCCAAAUUUAAUAGAUUUCCAUUAAAAUUUUGUCUAUUGUAUAUGCUAAUCAUGCGUUUAGCUGGGUUUCAAUUUUUGACAUUUUGUCUCAUGUUUUCAGAGUACAUAUGUAAAUUGUUAUAUUUCUUUUCUCUGCAAUUUCUAAGUACAAAAAAAAAUAUAAAUAAAAUAGAGAAGUACUUUAAACAGUUAACAAAAUUUUUUUGAGGUCUAUUUUUGUAAUGAGGUCAUCAAACAAAAUUUUUUUUCCCUCUUGUUUCAGAUGCAUCUGUCAUAGUGUGGUUUUGUGAACAGUUAAUAAUGGUUCUUUUUUUAGAUGCACAAUUUCUUAGCUAGGUUUGUGCAUUUUCUACCUGGCUUGUAGAGUAGCAGUGUAGACAUCAGUGCGGUCUUUGUGUAUGCUCCAAUUCAUUAUUUUUCUAAAAAUGAAUUAAAAAUUCACUACAUUUUGGUGAAAGCAAAAUUAACAGUUGAGGGGAAGCUAAAUUGUUAAAUCACAUUUAGCAAAACAACCAAAGGUUACAAAAGAAAACAGCAAGUGGAAUUGUUAAAAAUGUGAGAAUUUUCAUAAUGAAGUAGGCAGUUUCAAGGGACUGACUAGGUAAGUGAGGAGCUUAAUUUGACUAGUAUUGGCCAAAAAUUAGGAGUAUAAGAAGAAACUUAACUGUGUACAUAUAUAAAUAAGUACAUGUAUAUUAUAUUUUACCAAGUUUGGUUGUUUUUAUGAACUGUCACCAAAUUAUGUGAACUAGAUUAUCUUUUUGUAUUCUUUAAGUAUCUCCAUGUUGUAGAAAUGUUUCUUUUUAAAAUUUGGUGUUCUAUAACUAUAAUUUUAAUAGUUUUGUGAAUGGCUUUUUGAUGGAUAAAGUGAUCUAUGUGGGUUUUUAAAAUAAAUCUGAAACCAGAUUAAUUAUGCUUGUAUAAACUGACUCUUGUAUGUGAAUAAAUUAGUAUGUCUGUGUGAUCCCUUAAGUUAGUGCCAUUUAUAUAAUUUUUUCUCUAUAUUGUUCUUGAAGAAACGCCACAAAUUGAUCAUUUUGAGGGUUGUUUUUCAAAUGUAAAAAGAAGAUUGUACUGUUAGCUUGCACAAAUCAAGAAACUGUUUUAAUUUGUAGGGAAUAAGAUAAGCAUAUAUUCAACUUACUAUACCAAGGUACGCUUCUACUGUUGAUAAUAUUUUACGCUUGUAGAUCUGUAAGUGUUGUUAACCACUGUUUUUAUUAUUUUACAUUUUAUGCUGUCACCUAUUUGGAGAGAAAAAAAAAUUAUAGAAAAUAUUGAAUCUCUGUUGUUAGGAUGAAUUAUUCAUCUAAUCUUAUUUAUUCCGGUACGUUGUAGUGACAGUUAAUGGUGUGAUGGUAAAGGGAGGCUGGGUACGUAAGCAGGUUGGUUCCCCAUGUUUCCUAGUCACUAUUUUCUUGUUGCAUCCAUCACAUUGUCUGUUCGUCCAUACCUUAGGCCUGCGCCUUGCGGCUCUCAUAACCAGCCUGGGGGAAUCCAACCUGCUUGUGUCUGUCUCAAUACAACGUGCUCUUCGCAUGAUGCUUGUGUUGUUUUGUUUUUCUGUUGAAAAUAGUUAUUGCCUUACUUUCAUCAUAGAUUAUUUUUCAGAAUUUUUAUUUAUUGAGAUAUGUAUAUGUUUUUAAGUGUUGUUGAAUAAAUUGUAAAAUCUAUUAUAAAAACUGAUGCUAUUUUGGUUGGCUGCCUGAAAGAAAUGUGUAUGAUAUAUGUUGGUCUCUUGUCUUCACUCUACGAUGUUUUAUAAAUCCAUUUGUUUGUGUUUUGAUUCAAGAUAACUUCAUUCUGCAAUUAAACGUUUAAGACUGAGUGCAUUUGAAUUUUUCAUAAUGUUUUGUAGUUUAUGAAUAUGCACACAAAACACAAUAAAUAUAACCUCAUACUGCAUAAUUUCAAUUAAUCUUGUACAUUUUUCACAAGAGAGAUUGAUUUGGCGAUUUGCAUGGAAACAGUUUCAAACAUUAAAUAAUACAUUUUAUUAUAUAUAGGUAAUACAUUUUCUAGUUUAUGUUCAUGUUUAAUGGCAAGCAUUUCUGUUCUUAAUGGCUUGAAGUUUCGUUAUAGGUUACACUCAAAUCUAAAUUUUUGUUUUAUUCUUGCAAGUAUGUAUUAAUUCAUAUACGUAUACUUUGGUUACAAGCACAUGUGUAUAUUUUUUCUAACAGGUGUUUUUGGUCCUUUUUCUACCAAAUCCACUUUACAAGCUGACUGCUUUAGUUGGGUAUUUGUUCUGAUAACUCUUUCCAAGUACUGUACGAUUUGUGCUUGUGUGCACUUACAUUUGUUCUUUGUUGAAGUGCAUCAGCACAAUUUAUAAUGUAAAGAAAGUUGUUGAGUUGCUUGAUUUUACAUUUUCAUGUAUGCACUAGUAAGCUAGGGAGAAUCAAAGGUGUGUUUGAAGAUUCACAGACGUUGGAAUGAUACUAAUAAAUGACUAGCACAAUGAAGUGCUGAGGAAGAGACUGUGCGAAUGUUCACACAUCUGUUACAUUUGAUUAUAAUGUUAUGUAGCAAAGAAUCAGGACAUUAAUGGCUAUUAUUUAGGCUUUGCAAUAAACAAAGAAAUAAUAGAAAAAAAAUAUCUUGAAUGAAUUGGAUCUAGAGGCAGAAUGUACAGCCACUUAGUUGAUUGUGCUAAUUGCUAUGCUGCAAACAUAUAAAGAUAAAACAGUUUUGUAAGUUAACCACUUUUAUCCCAGAAUUACACCUGACACUUUCCACCAGGAUGGCUAUAAACAGAAGAUUGGGGCCUGAAAAAACUUGGCAAGUAUCAUACCAACCUUAGAAAAUAAGAUUUUUGUUGGUUCAAGGAACAUAAACUUUUCAAAGAAGGGUUGGUUUUUUGCACAUGUUUACUCUCCUGCCAUUUGGCGCUUUCAUUGCCUUGAUAUUCUUCUGUACACAUUUAUUUAAUGUUGGUCUUUUAACAAUUCUCCAGUUCAAAGUGGUAUAAGUUAGUUUUAUUCCACCAUUAUCUCAGUUAAAAAUUUAAAAUUGAAAUUAGUCUUCAUGACAGCCACUACUCACCUUCACUGAAAACAUAUUAGUGGUGAUAAUUGCUAUACCUUCUACACAUUGACUUAGCUGUAUUUGAUAGUUGAUGAGAGUUUCCAAAUCGUUUUUAUUCCUACAUAACCUGCCAAAUAUCAGGUAAAUACGUAUUCACAAGCAAAAUGCAGACAUAAUAUUAUGGGGAAUAGUGUUAGAAUUAAGGUUGAUAAUACGAAACUUAAAGUAAAAAAUUAGGCAAACUUGGUGUGAAUAGGAAAACAAUAUUUUUGAAUUUGUACUUGAAAUAUAAUUGAAAAUAUUUAUUGUUAAAGAUUAGUGUUUUUUUUUUUAAAACUAUAUUUGUGCUUGUCAGAUUUUAUAACUCAGAAAAUCAAGAUGUACGUACCUAAUUUUCCCCCCCAACAUACUGGGCAAGGUAGAGAAGAGAAAACUUUUGGGCGAUUACAUUUUUAAACUUCAAAUAAAAGCAUUUGGAAUUGAGGCAUUUACAAAAGUGAUGAAAAUGGUAUUUCCUGUAAUUGUACAAAGACAAUUGGAUAGUUUCACUGUUAAGAUAAAAAUUUAUUCUGCUGAUAUAGUCGAAAUAUUAUUAUAAGUUAGUGAUAAAAUGUCAAAAUAUUGUUUAAUGAAAACUCAUGUUUUGGAAAGCCGAAAAGGUUACAUAUUGGACAUUUGUGCUGCUUAUGCAUGUACAUAUUCAUGUAAUUCAAUUAAACCAUUUUUAUAAGUUAUAUAAUCUACUAUAUAGCAAAUGCUGAGGAAGAGACAUUUUGUUGUGUGUUUAUUCCCACAGAAUAUUAGUUACUGUGCAAUUAUUAUAAAAAAUUGAAAUCAUGUAAUGCAUCUAUAACUGUAAUCUUGCCUCUGCUAAUUAACCCCUUGCAAGAUGCACAUUGCCUCUAAGAAGAUGCAGGGUUUCUAUAGUCUCAAGUAUUUAUUUGUGUGUUUCAUGCACAAUGCCUGUCAUUUGAAAUAUGUAUUUAUAACAAAAUUAUUGUUAUAAAAAUAGGUUGAAUUGAUUAAUGAAAAGAACUGGAGUAGUUCUAUUAUGGUUUUAGAUAACUUCAUCCUGAGAUAGCUGGGUAAUGUAACAAAACAAAGCUACGCAUAAAUGAAAGCCAACACCUACACCCUUAUUUUAGCACCAUUCCGUGGACAAAAUUUUAGGUUGUCUGUUUAGUUGUAUGAAUAAUGCUACAUAUUUUUUUAAUGAAAUGAAAUAUAAAUAACUUUACAAAAAAAAAUUCAUCAAUAUUCACCUUUAAAUAAAAAUGUUAGAGAUGUGAAAAGUAAUUUUUUUCUCAUGGAAUAUGAAAUAAAAGUAUGUAAAGUAUAUAAAAUAAUUUGAUUUUAUUACUGAAUAUUUGUUACUAGGUUAACUGAUCAAACACUAUUGAAAAAAAUUCCAGAGUAAAUAACACUAUGGUGAAACUCUUCAAGAUCAAAAAUUAUUUAAAGCUGUGAAAUUACACAAGAUAAAAGAAGAAAAGAAAAUAUUACUCCACAAAUGAGGUUUGCUUUUUUUAUAACUAAUUUUUAAUAUAUAGUGAGUGCUGAUGUGGUUAAUAAUUAUUUUUUAUAUAUUGUCUUACAAUUGCAGUUGCUUCAUACAUGAGUGUUUUACAUUGAAGCCAUAUAAUUAAGGGUAAUCAAACUUGAGAUUCCCUUUUAUUCUACACCACUCAUACUUUUGAAGUUUUUUUGUAUUCGGGAUUGACAUGCUUUGGAGGUUGCCUUACAUUAGAGGUGAUAUUAUUACCUUUGAUGUUGCCUAAAUUGAAUUAUUUUAUGAUUCAGGGGUUCUUACAUUUAAGUCAUUCUGCAUGACAGAAUGAAUAUAAUGCUUACGGUGAAAAAAAAUUGUGGAAGUGUUAGUUUAAGUAGUUUUUCAUUUUAAAUGAAAAGGUUUUUUCAUUAAAAACAAAAAUAAUGGCCUCACUGGAAUAUUCAUCUAACUCUAUAAAAUUUUUAUUUCACUGAUGUUUAUAAAGUUCAUCAACAUAGAAAGUAAUUGUUUCUGAAUGAUUCAGUGUUGAUUACACUACCAAAUUUUUGAAUGACCCUAGCUGUCUGUCAUACUUGCAAAUGUCAGUGUGUCAGACUCAUAGUAAAUUUAUGUGCACAA